GUCACGUCCCGCAAACUUGAUACGCACUGGGUUUCUAGGCACUAGAGGGUCGCUCAUUGCGGUAAAAAUAGUAAUAAACACUGAAGACAGAAGAAGUUUAUUUCUAAACAGACAGUGCUGCUACUUACAACAAACCGCGAUACUAUUUAUUCAAAGGUGAUUGUUCAACCCAAAGAUGAAUUUUGAGCAGCCCCCUCCAUACCCAGGCAGUGGCCCCACUGCUCCAGGCUACCCAUCCCAGGGCCCACCUCCACAAGGCUACCCACCUCAGGGUUAUCCUCCGCAGGGAUACCCUGUUAACAUGGAGCAGCCUAAUCCAGCUUACCCUAACUACCCUGCUGGACCGAUGGGCCCUGGAGGUCCUUAUCCUGGCCCAGGACAGCCUCCUUAUCAAGGGUACCCUGGACAACCACAAUUUGGCUGGCAGGGGGGACCCCCUCCUGACCCUAUGUAUGGGGAAGCUCCCAAAAACACAGUGUACGUGGUGGAAGACAGGAGAAGAGAUGACACAGGAGACACGUGCCUGACAGCCUGCUGGACAGCUCUGUGUUGCUGCUGUCUCUGGGACAUGCUGACAUAACCUAUUCCCCUAACUGUUCACUCCCAUUACCCCCUUGCCCCCCCAUUUCUGUGCCUCGAACCCCAUCACCCUUUCCCCCAUCUGCCUUAAACCUCGCACUCCCUUAAAACCACCCCUACUUUUCCACUACAAGUCUUUUGCUCGUCUAUAAAUAAAAGCCUCGAUCCCAUAUGGACAUCUCUUCUUCCCAGAGCUACUUAUUCUACCGUGAUGUGAAGCCCUCAGCACUGACUGACAAACUGACUGACCCUGUCCAGGGGCUAUUCUGUAGCUGCUUGUAACUGAGCUUCUAAACGUAACCUGAAUCUCACACUCUUCACUGUACCAACACACAACAGGCACAGACGCACACACACCAAGGUAGAUACACAAUAACAUAUACACACAUACAUUAUACUUGUAUCUCAGGCUCAUCUAGUGUGAGGCUCUUUGGCACUUUAUGAUGAUUACCUCUGUAAGAUACUACUCCUGCCUGCCCUCUCAACCAUCUGCAACCCUCCCUAACCCCCCUUCAGCUAUGCUACUUCCCUUCGCCAAGGACAGCCCCUUAUCCUGGACCCUCCAUAACCCAAAGGCCACCAAGACCCUGGCCGCUAAUGAGUCGAAGGCACUCUUAAGAAGCUGAUGCUUGAAAUGUAUCCCUUUUAUUUGCACAGAAGCUGUUUUUGCCGACGUAUGUCUUCAAGUGAAAUUAUAUGACAAUAAAUGGAAUGCAUUUUUAAAGACGACAGUGAUUUAUGUUUGAUUACUGUUAACAUUCAGUGGCCUCAAUGUUUUUUUUCAUGGUGAUCUUGAAAUGAAAAAUUAUUCCAAUAUUAUUUUUAUUACAUACCUUGGAGAAAAAAAAAUGAAAAUAUGAAGAAAAAAAUGUGAUUGCUUAACAGAAGAAACCAAAUGACCUGUUAUUAGAUGCCUUUUGCUUUAGAUGAGAAUCUUGCAUUAAAAUAAUUUAUUCCCAUGAAA